AUGGGCCGAAAUGAGCCUUCCGUGUUGAGUAUCCCUCUGUGUACCUCUGAUAAGGAGAUGGUUCUGUGGUUGCUUGACCAUGGUGCCAAUCCACACAGCCGCUGCGAUUGGGACUUUACACCAACAUCAUACGCCAUGCUUGCCGCUCCUCUCGAAACCAUCGACACUCUUUUCGAACGAGGAGCAAACCCACUUUGUGGACAACUCCUCCAUUAUGCUGUUCUAAGGGAUAAACCUGAUGCUCUAGAGGUAGUCCGCAAGAUCAUAGAGAAAGGUGCACCAAUCAAUGAGGUCAAAUACGAAAAGGAGCUAAAGACAUAUAUCGAGCGCAAGCCAUUUGGCCUUGGAACACCACUCCAUCGAGCUGCAGAGUUUGGUAAGAUGGACGUUGUUGAGUACUUGUUGAAGAUGGGCGCCGACCCCCUGAAGCUGGACAGCAAAGGUCGAACGCCACGUUACUGGGCGGAAAAGGAGGGCUUCGCAGACGUAGCUCGUGUUCUCGAGGAGGCAGAGGGUAAACAGGCAAACAUUGAGUCUAUGUAA